AAAACGCACACUGUAGAUGGUGAUCACAAGACUGUAUUAAACAUGCAAAUCGCCGAAUUGUCGUCGUCGUCGUCGUCUUUCUCUGUCUCCCGACUCACUUCUAUCAUCAUUGACGGGCAUUUCGGAUUUGGAAAAUUAUCAUAAUAUUCCGCAUUUAAAACACGGUGCGAUACGAAUUUCGAAUUCAGUUUUUGAUUUUUUCCCCGUUUCACCGCCACCAAAACCUUCGACUUUUUCCCCUUCUGCUUGUCCGCCACCUGGUUCGAAAAAGUCCGUCUUUUUCAACCGCUUCUCCCGAAUUCAAGUUGGCUUUGGCAAAACUGUCAAAGCGCGUGGUUAUUAUAAAUCCAACAAUCUUGGCUCGCUCAACCUUCCACCGCUACUUUGCGUCGAACAACGACGAUUUUGGCUAGCUCGAGCCAAAUAGGAAUCACCGUCUUCUCCUAAAGUUCAAAUUGUCGUAAUUCACGCUAGGCGCCGCUCGAAAUGGCGUCAGUUGUUGUAGUCACUGCUGGAACCGCUCUCGCCGUCACCGUACCACUCGUGGCGCUGAAAGAGUCAUUGGAGAGCCGUUUCAAGAGUAACAUGAAGAAGCACUUGCCACAUAGACCACGUUGUCGCGUCAACUUCCCUGAUAUUGAGAACGAACUCGAGCAGCAAUAUCAGUACGUCAUGAAUAAUAAGAACAGCACACGUAACAUGAAGGACCACUUGGUGCCAAACAACUCCAAAUGCUCUUCUGAUGAUGAAGACAACUCAUCCACCAUCAGUUCUCCACCGAGCUACAACGACAUCACUCAGCAACCACCAGCAUACGGUCUGUUUGCUGUGCAACGUGGAAAUUGACUAACAGAAACAAAAAACUGUCGUCUCUCCGAUGAAAAACGACAUCUACAAUGGCUCUUAAACAAAGAAAAAAAGAUGAGCGGCGGCUUCUGGCAGUGGGCUUGGCUUUUGAUGCGAUUAGUUUUUAGAAAUACAACAACUUGGCGCCAGCUUCUGUAAUUUUUCGCUUCUCUUGCUUAUUUUUUCACUCAAUUUGAACUUUUAUUUGUAUGUAGUUUUUGUAUUGGUUUUUUUUUUUGAAACAUUUUUUAUAUAUUUUAUAUAUUCCACCUACAAUCUCCGCUUGAAUAUUUAAUGGAUUUGUGUUGAAAAUUAUUUUAAUGUAUAAUAUUUUUUGAAAUUUUAAUCUGAUUUUUUUUAUAACUUGAGGAAUAAAAAUUGUUAUUUAUUUUCGAAAU